UUUUUUUUUUUUUUUGGUGGAGAUGAAGGGGUGGGUCUAUGGUACAUCACCUGAGUUGUGGGGUAAAUGUAGAGAGUGUCAAUCAAAGGCAGAGCUCUCAGAGCUGGGAAGGAGGCUCUAGAUGGCGGCUGUGCCUUAGAGAGAGCGCGCUCUGCUCCCUGCCUUCGCCUCACUUUACGCAACUUUCCCUAACUUUCGGGCAGCCUCAGGGGGCCCCCGCAGCCCCCUGCCUCUCCUAGUGACUUACUGGGGUCGAUUCGAGCCUUUUUAAGGGAGAAAAGCAGCUUUUAGGAGCUUUCUUUUCGUGCCUUGUUGGAAAGAAGCAGCCGUACUGAGAGCCCAGGUCGUUGUUUUUUCCAGCUUAGAAGCCAUGGCGCACCUCCAUUUUUGUGCGCUCUCCUAAUGAGGUUUUUUUUCUUCCGGACCCGUUUUAGUAUUAAUUGUUGCUUUAUUUUUUUGACCAGUUAACAUAUUGGAGGAUUAUUGUAUUUAUUUUUCGUUUUUGUAACGGAGAAUUUUGUUUUUAUUUUUAAUUAUUUGGGAUCUGAUAUUUUUCUACUACUAGAAUAGGACUCUCGCUUUGGACCUACUACAUGGAUCAGUAAAUACCUGGGCACAGGACUUCAAAGCAAACACAGAUUCCCCCCUCCCCCUAAAUAUUUAAGAAUUAAAAGAUGAUGAGAAAUAAGGACAAAAGCCAAGAGGAGGACAGUUCGCUACACAGCAAUGCAUCGAGUCACUCAGCAUCUGAAGAAGCUUCCGGUUCAGACUCAGGCAGCCAGUCUGAGAGUGAGCAGGGCAGCGAUCCAGGAAGUGGACAUGGCAGUGAGUCAAAUAGCAGUUCUGAGUCUUCAGAGAGCCAGUCGGAAUCUGAAAGUGAGUCGGCGGGUUCCAAAUCCCAGCCAGUCCUUCCAGAAGCUAAAGAAAAGCCAGCCUCUAAGAAGGAGCGGAUAGCUGAUGUGAAGAAGAUGUGGGAAGAAUAUCCUGAUGUUUAUGGGGUUAGGCGGUCAAACCGAAGCAGACAAGAACCAUCACGAUUUAAUAUUAAGGAGGAGGCAAGUAGCGGGUCUGAGAGUGGGAGCCCAAAAAGAAGAGGCCAGAGGCAGCUGAAGAAACAAGAAAAGUGGAAACGGGAGCCCUCGGAAGAUGAACAGGAACAAGGCACCAGUGCAGAGAGCGAACCAGAGCAAAAAAAAGUGAAAGCCAGAAGACCUGUCCCCAGAAGAACAGUGCCCAAAGCUCGUGUUAAAAAGCAGCCUAAGACUCAGCGUGGGAAGAGAAAAAGGCAGGAUUCUUCUGAUGAUGAUGAUGAAGAUGAUGAAGCUCCUAAAAGGCAGACUCGUCGCAGAGCGGCUAAAAAUGUUAGUUACAAGGAAGACGAUGACUUUGAGACAGACUCCGACGACCUCAUUGAAAUGACUGGGGAAGGAGCCGACGAGCAGCAGGAUAACAGCGAGACUAUUGAGAAGGUCCUAGACUCGAGGCUGGGAAAGAAAGGAGUCACUGGAGCUUCUACUACUGUAUACGCAAUCGAAGCUAAUGGAGACCCUAGUGGUGAUUUUGACACUGAAAAGGAUGAAGGUGAAGUCCAGUACCUCAUCAAGUGGAAGGGUUGGUCUUACAUCCACAGCACGUGGGAGAGCGAAGAAUCCUUACAGCAGCAGAAAGUGAAGGGCCUAAAAAAAUUAGAGAACUUCAAGAAGAAAGAGGAUGAAAUCAAGCAAUGGUUAGGAAAAGUCUCUCCUGAAGAUGUGGAAUAUUUUAACUGCCAACAAGAGCUGGCCUCAGAGUUGAACAAACAGUAUCAGAUAGUCGAAAGAGUAAUUGCUGUGAAGACAAGCAAAUCUACACUGGGUCAGACAGAUUUUCCAGCUCAUAGUCGGAAGCCAGCGCCUUCAAAUGAACCUGAAUACCUAUGCAAAUGGAUGGGACUGCCCUAUUCAGAGUGCAGCUGGGAGGAUGAAGCCUUGAUUGGCAAGAAGUUCCAGAGCUGUAUUGACAGCUUCCAUAGCCGGAACAACUCAAAAACCAUCCCGACAAGAGAAUGCAAGGCCUUGAAGCAGAGACCACGAUUUGUGGCUUUAAAGAAACAGCCAGCAUAUUUAGGAGGGGAGAACCUGGAGCUCCGUGAUUAUCAGCUAGAAGGUCUCAACUGGCUUGCUCAUUCCUGGUGCAAAAGUAACAGUGUAAUCCUUGCUGAUGAAAUGGGCCUAGGAAAGACCAUCCAGACCAUAUCAUUCCUCUCCUACCUGUUCCACCAACACCAGCUGUAUGGCCCCUUUCUUAUAGUCGUCCCUUUAUCCACCCUCACCUCAUGGCAGAGGGAGUUUGAAAUCUGGGCACCAGAGAUUAACGUAGUGGUUUACAUAGGUGACCUGAUGAGCAGAAAUACGAUACGGGAAUAUGAAUGGAUUCAUUCUCAGACUAAAAGGCUGAAGUUCAAUGCACUUAUAACAACAUAUGAGAUCCUCUUAAAAGAUAAGACUGUGCUGGGCAGUAUUAACUGGGCCUUUCUGGGAGUGGAUGAAGCCCAUCGGUUGAAGAAUGAUGACUCUUUAUUGUAUAAAACUCUGAUUGAUUUCAAGUCCCACCAUAGGCUCCUGAUUACGGGGACCCCUCUUCAGAAUUCCCUCAAGGAGCUCUGGUCCUUGCUGCACUUUAUUAUGCCGGAGAAGUUUGAAUUCUGGGAAGAUUUUGAAGAGGACCACGGGAAAGGGAGGGAGAAUGGCUACCAGAGUCUUCAUAAGGUGCUGGAGCCCUUCCUUCUCCGGAGGGUUAAAAAGGACGUGGAGAAAUCCCUUCCUGCCAAAGUGGAACAGAUCCUCAGGGUGGAGAUGUCGGCUCUGCAGAAGCAGUAUUACAAAUGGAUCCUGACCAGGAAUUACAAGGCUCUUGCCAAAGGGACAAGAGGCAGCACGUCUGGUUUCCUGAAUAUUGUGAUGGAGUUGAAAAAGUGCUGUAACCACUGCUACCUGAUCAAGCCCCCCGAGGAGAACGAGCGAGAGAAUGGGCAGGAGGUUCUCCUGUCCCUGAUCAGGAGCAGUGGGAAGCUGAUUCUAUUAGAUAAACUGUUGACGAGACUUCGAGAAAGGGGCAACAGAGUCCUUAUCUUCUCCCAGAUGGUCAGAAUGUUGGACAUCCUGGCUGAGUACCUGACGAUCAAGCACUAUCCUUUCCAGCGUCUGGAUGGUUCCAUCAAGGGAGAAAUCCGAAAACAGGCACUGGACCACUUCAAUGCAGAUGGGUCUGAGGACUUCUGUUUCCUGCUCUCGACAAGGGCUGGUGGCCUGGGAAUCAAUCUGGCUUCGGCGGACACAGUUGUCAUCUUUGACUCUGACUGGAACCCCCAGAACGACUUGCAGGCACAAGCCCGAGCCCAUAGAAUUGGUCAGAAGAAGCAGGUAAAUAUUUACCGCUUGGUUACAAAGGGGACUGUGGAGGAGGAGAUCAUCGAACGGGCCAAAAAGAAGAUGGUAUUGGACCAUCUGGUGAUUCAGCGCAUGGAUACCACUGGCCGGACGGUUCUGGAAAACAACUCGGGAAGGUCCAACUCAAAUCCUUUUAAUAAAGAAGAGCUGACAGCUAUUUUGAAAUUUGGAGCAGAGGAUCUCUUCAAAGAACUGGAAGGGGAGGAGUCAGAGCCUCAGGAAAUGGACAUAGAUGAAAUUUUGCGCUUGGCUGAAACCAGAGAGAACGAAGUGUCAACAAGUGCAACAGAUGAGCUUCUGUCACAGUUUAAGGUUGCCAACUUUGCGACAAUGGAAGACGAAGAAGAGCUGGAAGAGCGUCCUCACAAGGACUGGGAUGAGAUCAUUCCGGAGGAGCAAAGGAAAAAAGUUGAGGAGGAAGAGCGUCAGAAGGAGCUGGAAGAAAUUUACAUGCUGCCUCGAAUUCGGAGUUCCACCAAAAAGGCUCAGACAAAUGACAGUGACUCUGACACUGAGUCUAAGAGGCAGGCGCAGAGAUCCUCUGCAUCUGAGAGCGAGACAGAUGACUCUGAUGAUGACAAGAAGCCAAAGCGCAGAGGGCGCCCCCGCAGCGUGCGGAAGGACCUCGUCGAGGGCUUUACCGACGCAGAGAUACGCAGGUUCAUCAAGGCAUAUAAGAAGUUCGGUCUCCCUCUUGAACGGCUGGAGUGCAUAGCACGCGAUGCUGAGCUGGUGGAUAAGUCCGUAGCAGAUCUGAAACGCCUGGGGGAACUGAUUCACAACAGCUGUGUGUCAGCAAUGCAGGAGUAUGAAGAACAGCUGAAGGAAAAUGCCAGCGAGGGGAAAGGACCGGGGAAAAAAAGAGGCCCAACAAUCAAAAUAUCGGGGGUUCAAGUUAAUGUGAAAUCCAUUAUACAACAUGAGGAAGAGUUUGAGAUGCUGCAUAAAUCGAUCCCUGUGGACCCUGAAGAAAAAAAAAAAUACUGCUUAACCUGUCGAGUGAAAGCUGCACAUUUUGAUGUAGAGUGGGGAGUGGAGGAUGAUUCACGACUCCUGCUGGGAAUUUAUGAACAUGGCUAUGGAAACUGGGAGCUAAUUAAAACGGAUCCAGAGCUUAAGUUAACUGACAAAAUUCUGCCUGUGGAGACAGAUAAAAAGCCUCAGGGGAAGCAGCUGCAGACCCGAGCGGACUACUUGCUGAAGCUGCUCAGGAAGAGUCUGGAGAAGAAGGGGGCCGUGACAGGUGGGGAAGAGGCCAAAUUAAAGAAGAGGAAGCCUCGAGUAAAGAAGGAAAACAAAGAACCCAGGCUGAAAGAUGAGCAUGGGGUUGAGUUUUCAUCUCCUAGACACUCAGACAAUCCGUCGGAAGAGGGAGAAGUAAAGGAUGAUGGCUUAGAAAAAAGUCCAAUGAAAAAGAAACAGAAGAAGAAAGAGAACAAGGAGAACAAGGAGAAACAAAUGAGUUCUAGGAAAGACAAAGAAGGGGACAAGGAAAGGAAGAAGUCAAAAGAUAAGAAAGAGAAGCCUAAAGGUGGUGAUGCCAAAUCUUCAAGUAAAUCAAAGCGAUCUCAGGGUCCUGUCCAUAUUACAGCAGGAAGUGAGCCUGUCCCUAUUGGAGAGGAUGAGGAUGAUGAUCUGGACCAGGAAACAUUCAGCAUAUGCAAAGAGCGGAUGAGGCCUGUGAAGAAGGCACUGAAACAACUGGACAAACCCGACAAGGGGCUCAACGUGCAAGAACAGCUAGAGCACACCCGAAACUGCCUGCUGAAAAUCGGAGACCGGAUAGCCGAGUGCCUUAAAGCCUACUCAGACCAGGAGCAUAUCAAACUGUGGAGAAGGAAUCUGUGGAUUUUUGUUUCCAAGUUUACAGAAUUUGAUGCUCGAAAAUUGCAUAAGUUAUAUAAGAUGGCUCAUAAGAAAAGAUCUCAAGAAGAGGAGGAGCAAAAGAAGAAAGAUGAUGUGAUUGGUGGUAAGAAGCCGUUUCGACCAGAGGCCUCGGGCUCCAGCCGGGACUCCCUGAUAUCUCAGUCGCACGCCCCGCACAACCUUCACCCUCAAAAGCCUCACUUGCCCGCCUCCCAUGGCCCACAGAUGCACGGACAUCCACGAGAUAACUAUAAUCACCCCAACAAGAGACACUUUAGUAACGCAGAUCGAGGAGACUGGCAGAGGGAAAGAAAGUUCAGCUAUGGUGGUGGCAACAACCCUCCGUGGGGCAGUGACAGGCACCAUCAGUACGAGCAGCACUGGUACAAGGACCACCAUUAUGGGGACCGGCGACACAUGGACGCCCACCGUUCUGGGAGCUAUAGACCCAACAGCCUGUCCAGAAAGAGACCUUAUGACCAGUACAGCAGUGACCGAGACCACAGGGGACACCGAGAUUACUAUGACAGGCACCAUCAUGACUCUAAGCGGAGGAGAUCCGAUGAAUUUCGGCCUCAAAACUACCACCAGCAGGAUUUCCGACGAAUGUCUGACCACCGCCCCCCUAUGGGCUACCAUGGCCAAGGACCUUCGGACCAUUACCGCUCUUUCCACACAGACAAACUGGGGGAGUAUAAACAGCCUCUGCCUCCCCUGCACCCUGCAGUCUCAGACCCUCGCUCGCCCCCUUCUCAGAAGUCUCCCCACGAUUCCAAGUCACCGCUGGAUCACAGGUCUCCUUUGGAGAGAUCACUAGAACAGAAAAACAACCCAGAUUAUAACUGGAAUGUUCGGAAAACAUAAAGGACAGCUGGGCAAGAAGGGGAGAGCAAGAGUCAUUAAGCACCUGGAUAUUUUUGGUCUGAUCCAGUAGGAGCCAGUUACCUAGACCAGCAAGCGGAGUUUCUGGACAUGCUGCUGCUGUCAGCUUGCCGGUGGAAGGAGCACUUCAAGGAGUGGGGGCCUUUCACUUGGUCCAGCUUGGGUUUGGGUCGCCACUCCUGCACUUUGACACCCCAUCCCAUUCCAGCCUGGUUCUGGCCUGUCACUGCGAUGGGUGCUAGGAGGGAGAGGUGACUUUUGUGUAUGUACCAGCUUCGUGGGCUGUGUUUCCCCAGGGAAGGAAGCCUGGGUGCGGUGGGCUGGGUAGGAGCGUGUGUGUGCAGGCUGCCGGGACCUGCUGGGACGGCACAUGAUUUGCUUCACUGUGAUGUGACGGAUGCUGCUGACGGGGAGCGGGGCGUGGGUCUCGCCAAUGGGACUUGAAGUGGAGCAGGUACGCUCCUCAGACGUGUUCUUGGGAGAAACCGCACACUCGGGCCUCACCUGACACCUGUGUUGCAGGAGGACGGAGGGGAAGAGCUUCCGCAGCGGCCCCUUCCCGACCAACACUAAUUUUUCCCACACUAUCUGUAUAUUUCAGAGGCCUGGUCUCCGGAGUGGGCCGCCUCCGCCCUGGUGCCAGGGGAGUGAGCGCCCGUCCGGCAGACUCCUGAGUACUGUGAGUGGGGAAGCACUGACCCUGGCGUGGGUCUUCCUGGUUGAGGGUGGGCUGACAGCGGGGCUAGGGUGGGGGCAGUGAGGCCAGGGCCUCGGAAUCCCUGGUGGAUUUCUGAUCCUGGGGCGAGAAGGGUCAGUCCAGGGCCUGGCUGGAGGGGGAGGCUUGCUGCUGGCAGGUGCCCAGGUGCAGGUGAGGAGCGGCUUCCGGGGAGGGGGCUCUGGGUGUUGUGCCUGCUCCGCCUCUGCAGCUGCCUUGUAGUGACUUCAGUUCCCUUCGCACGGCGUGAAGAAGUAGACGGCGCGGGGCACAACGUCUGCUGACCCCGUGUGGCGGGUGGGCAGGUGAAGCUCAGUGACCUGUGGGGAACAGGCUCGUACGGCUAGUCGGGCAUCAGUAGAAUUGAACUCCGGUGUUUUUUUAGAAUGAGAUCAAAGAAAGUACAAAUCUAAGUUAAAGUUUUUGCGAACUAGGAAGCCCCCAAGGACAGGGGACUGCGCCGACAGAGUCCUGCCAGGGUUGAACGGAGUCAGAAGGCAAGUUGGUUGCACCCAAUUCAUCAGGCUCCUUUCGUUCUGAUACUGGGCCUUCCGUUUUAUUCAUUUUAGGUAUCACCAGUAUUGUUUGAGUAUCCAAAGGCCUUUCUGGAUGGAAUAACUGACUUGAACCUACACCGUGCCUGAACGUGUCCAGGCUCAGAGCUGGUGAAAACCUUCCCAUUGGGCACACACAGGGUUAAACUCCCUGAACUAAUCUGUGAGGACUUCAUAAAAUGAUCAUCACUUACUUGCCGGUACCCUGGGCAGCACCAUUCAUGCCUUUACUAAGAAAUCCCCAAGUCCCGGGACCCCAGUGGAGCAGAUGUGGCUUUGGUGGGUCAUUGCUGCUUGCUGUACGCAGCAUCCUGGGGCUGGCCAGGGGUGAGUUCCAGAGCAGAGUCUGGGUCCUCACAGCUUGUGUUGGGAGCUUAGUGGGCCUUGCCCCAUCCUUACUGGUCUCAUGGUACUAGGGUUGCUCAGCGUGGGCUCGUAGGGGGUCAGCAGGCCUGGGGCACAGCCCAAAGGAAUGCAUAGGCGCCCCUGGCCACAGUCAUCCCACUGUGACUGCUCGGGGAGAGCAUGUGUCCGCUUUGGCCACCACCAGCUUAGCUUCUUGCUGACAGUACUGACGCUACCCUGUGUUUUCUUGCCCAGGCCGAAGAGGAAGGCUAGAUUGGCUUGCCUGGUCCUUUGGGGUUGGGGGGGAGGGAUGAGCCCCAGCAUGUCUCUCCCCUGGGAAGUCCGGCUGUGUCCUCUGGGAGGCGCAGCGUCCCCCUCCCCUUACAGGAGGCCCCUGAAUUUCAAUAUUCGGCAAGGGUGAUUUUCUCUGAAGUUGGUAAGAGAUGUGAGUUAUUCCCAAAGAUGUCUCAUCAUGAAGAAAAAGGAACUUCCUUUUGUUUACAUUCAGGACUUUUAGUGCCAUAUGAUGUAGCAAAAGGCAAUAUUCGCCAGAUCAGUGUUAAAUUGAUUAUAAAAUUACAGUAUCCCCGUAAAAGCAACUAUUUUAGGUGUUGAAGUAUGUUUGAAGGGUGGGUUGGGAAAAAGGCAUUUCCUCAUUGACCUGAAUCAGUAUAUUGUAUGCUUUUAUCACAAACACAUUUGCACGGGUAGGGAUUCUCUCCCUUGUGGAUGGGGUAAACUGCCCCAGGAAUCGGCGAGGGUGGUAUUGUGCGGAGCCUGGCUUUGAAGGAUUUAAUGAUUGGGUAGAAACAGCAGGGGUUGAGGAAGAGGGUGGGGAGUUAGCAUCACCUGAGAUCUGAGUAGAAAUACCUUGCGCAAGGAUGCCGUGAAAGUCCAGGCGUGGCACUGUGGUCUUUUCAGAGACUGGAGAGAAACAGCUAGGCCCUCUGCAGAGCCAGAUCUGGUGUGCCCCCCCCCCCCCCCCCGCCGCCACCCCGGUCAUUCCUUUAACCCUUCCAUGGGAAACCAGAACACUUCUCACAUCGUGCUGCAGACAUUGUAGUCUGAUGCCCGAGAGCUGCGUCAGGAUGUGCGGUGCACACGCAAUUCAGUUACGAAUUCACACAGGGACACUGGAAUCCUACAGACCAAAAUCCACUUGUCAGCAGGAGCGGUGGCCCCGGGGCCCAGCGCCAGUGGUCUUCCGGCUUGUUUGAGGGCUGCCGUGUCGGGCGGGGAGAGCCAGGCCAAGGGUCCAGGCUGCUUUAGUCCGUCCGUACCCCACGCGUUUGGGGACGGGUGGUUUUUCUUUAUUGUAAAAUUGUGGACUUUUAAAACCUGUUGACUAAACAGUAAUUAAUUUAUAUUUGUGAAAAAUGCCACUGUCCUAGUGAUUUCUGAUGUAAAUAAUGUUGUUUAUAUAGUAUGUAUUAAAUUUUCCUACAUUGUAAAACUGCUGUACUUUUGAUUCUUGUAUAUUAAAAAGUGUUACUAAGGAUUU